UCGCCAAUAGAAGAUGUUGCGCGACUGAUAAUUUCGAGUACAGAUGCCGAUAUUCGACGGGAACAUACAGAUGAAUUCUUGAAUUUUUAUCAUCAAGAGCUGGAGAAGCGGCUUGCCAAAGCUAGCAUAAGCAUGCCAUUUACACUUUCCGAGACCCGCAAUUUGUUUAAUCAGUCGUUUGGCAAGGAAACGCUAUUUUUGAUGAUCUCGCAUGUGCCCUUCCUACUGCUACCACGUUUGUAUGAACGAGCAAACGACGAGCAAAUACGAAACUUGUUAAAGCGCUUAGAACUGGCUGCAGAGGAAGCUUGCAAUAUGAAAUCUCAUCAGUAG